CCGACAUACGACGAUUGUACCCGAAAUGGUACUGCGGUUCUUUCUUCUUUCGCUAAAACAAACGAGUACCUGUUGCGGUGAAGUCAUGGCAACGCAAUGCAACCGGCCAACCGCGAUUCUUUGAACCGCGUCGCUACCGUUGGUACCAGAUUUUCAGUCCACGGUCGGGUAUAGGUUAAGUUUAACCUCAAACGUGUCGACUGGAUGUAUGUGUGUAUAUGUGGAGUUUUACAGAGAUUUUACCGUUCAUUUUGAUUGAACUUUGUGGCAUUUUCUGGCUGUUUGACGUUUCUGUUUUCGACCAUAUUUUGACAACCACACCCGGUUAUACGGUGUUAUGGAGUUGACUUUUCGUACAUCAGUGCUGUUAAUGUAAAAAAAAACACUUUUUGGAUUUUAUUCUCGCUGGUUCCACACAAAUUCGCGUCAACCGUGUAGUUGGGCCGCUGCAAAAAUGCGCAAACUAUCGAAAAUCAGACUAUAACUUAGUUCUUAGUGAAAUAGUUCAAAAUGUUUGAAAGUUUUUUCGAGCGUAUCACUAGUCCAAACUCGCGUAAAUGGCACAAUUAUUUUCCGGAAGUGCAUUCGGAUCCGGAGGAUUUCGAGCCGGUGACUCCAAGCAGAAAACCCCGACUUUUGGAGAGGAGGAAGAAAGGCCGGAGAGCGGACACCGGCUUGAGACAGGCCAGAAGUUUAGGACGGCUCGAUGGAUUAAAAGAGGCCGAACGACUGGCAGAUUAUGGCAGACUUCUGGGCAGAUCGCAGCCAGCUUUAAAUGGACGACAAAGGGAUUUAGACAGGAUUCAGGAUCUGUUUCCUCACGACUAUCUUGGGUUGCAUAUUCCGGAACCCAAUUCCACCUACACCAUUAAGAGCAAGUUGUUUCGGAAAAAGUCUCUAAACGACUUGACGAUGAUGGAAAACAGUCCGCCUUGCAACAGACUGUUUCUGAUGGAGGCUCCCUGUGCCAUGUCGCCUGCUCAGAUGUCGAUGAACGUGAAACCGAGGCAUUUGUUUCUGUUUUCCGAUCUAUUAUUGAUCGCCAAACCGAGAUCGAUGGGAAAUUUCAAGCUAAAGGAAAGUAUCCGAGUCUCAGAAAUGUGGAUCGCCCGAUGUGAGGAAUCAGAAACCGGUUUCCUGCUUGGUUGGCCGUCGCCAGCCCGAACCUAUUUAGUUACCUUCUGCACUCAGGCCGCGCGAGACUCUUGGUGGAGGGAGCUGAGGAAAGCGCUGUCCGCUCAGCUCCGACUAGAGCCUCCAAUCACCAACAUCAAAGUGGUUUACAGAGAUCCAGCUAGCGGAGCUGAAUGCUCAAAAACCUUGGGAGUGGGACCGGAAACAACGUCCACAGAUGUGGCCAGACUAGCAUUAGACGAAUCUAGAACUUGUGAUACCUCGUUUACACUCUACACGAGAGACCGCGACAAUACACCUUGCCCCUUAAUCGGCUAUGAGAGACCGCAUUCGAUUCAACUGGCCCGACUGAGACAGUCUCUAUGCGCUGAGGAAGGCUUUGAUUUGACGCAUUGCAAUAAGAGUCGGAUACCUUGUGAUAUAGUGUUCGAGCUCAGACCCACAGUCGACAAGUUGCGAGUCAAAAAGACGCCGCUCAAGAUCUUCAGGAAGUCCAGCACGGGCCGAGUGUUUGGCGUGGCUCUAUCCAGGCUUUGCCCCAACAACACGCUGCCUCCCGUUAUUUCCACCUGCUUGAAAACGUUGUUUCAGCAGGGCCCUCAAACGCAAGGCAUCUUUAGGCGAUGCGCCUCGGCCAGGGCGCUGAGGGAACUGAAGGAAAAAGUAGAUUCUCAAGGCGUUACAGUUUGUGAUGAAAUCUCCCGAACACCCGCCCUAUUGCUGGGUGCGCUUCUCAAAGACUUUCUGAGAAGUCUGCCCGAACCGUUGCUGGCUGGUAACGCCCAAGAAUGGCUCAGCGCCGCUACAAGCGGAAGAUUGGAUCUGCUGAGACGCCUGCUCAGCAAUUUGCCGCGAGAAAACCACAUGCUACUUCGCUACGUUGUUUGUGUGCUAAACAAUAUCGCUCAGAAAUCCAGAUUCAACCUGAUGUCUGCGGCUAAUCUAGGCGUUUGUGUGGGACCGAGCAUGUUAUGGGAAUCGGCGCAAAACGCUCCGCUCAGAACGCUUCCGACGCUGAUCGAGACGCUAAUCAGCAAUUGUCAGGCCUUGUUUGGAUCGCAAGUUGUUUCACUGCUGGGUGAAGUUGCUAAUGACAGUGGAGCUGAAGAGUCUGACAGCUUACAUUCCUUAGGUCUAUCAUUGGACUCAGUGGAAUUGAGCAAAGAUCAGAAAUCCCUCAGUCGCGAUUCGGGUUUGACUCUGUCGGAAGACGACCGAGAGAGCCCAGGCCUUAACUAUCACACGGCCACUUUCCACCGCUCUGAUUGGGCGAGACAGGCAGCCAGAAUACGAUCAAUGGACAAUUCCACCUCUUGGGUCGAAGAGGAUGAAGCGUUUUGUGCCUCAAACGAAAGUUUAUGUUCGCCCCCUAUACCGCCUAGACGACCUCCACCCUUAAGACAUCUACCUCCGGUUCACAUACCGCCCAUCUACAGACCGCCACCGCCGCCACCACCCACAUACGCUACAGCCCGAUUAUUAUUAGUUACAGAUGCGGAAAGUGAAAGCUACGUAUGAAUAGCACGUAAAACUUAAGGUGAGUGAUUGGUCGAAAAACGAACGAUUCUAUUGGGUUUGAGGAACUUGCUUAGACUCGUGAAAUCACAUUCAACUCACUUUAUGUGAUUGGAUGUUUUUUCCCAACUGAAAAAUCUAACCAAAACGUUCAUUCACUAAUUCAUGGAAUGGUAAAAUUGUCUGUUUAUUUAUUUAAUUUUUUUACUAAUUUGUUCGAAAAUCCUUCUAAGGUGGCCAAAAUAUAAUUAAUUAGUGUACAAUUAGUAAAUAAAGCAAUCUAUAUUGUUUUAAAGUUGUUGGCCAUAUCAAGAUAUAAAAAGGAAAUAUUCUAUUGUUGUUACAAACUGUAUUUGAUGUAAAUAGGCUCUCUAGAGAUAAAUGAUUUCGACUAUAAGUUUUCACAUUGGCUUUUAUAAAGCCAUUAUUUCACGUAAUAUUAUUGUGUCGUACGUCUUCCUUUUUAUGGACUGUUAAAUGAAGAAAAAAUGUCCUAUUAACAGUGCUAAUGCCGUUCUCAAAGCCAUGUGAUGUGAUCUACUUCACCGUUCUAUUGAAAAAUGAUGAAUAUUGGCUUUAGUGGUCCUUAAACAAAGAACGUUUACCAUUACCCGUUCUCACUUGUCAUGUUUGUAUUGUAAAAUUUCUUCAUUAGCAUGAGUAUGAGGAUAUAGCGAACUACAGGAAAAGGUACUUGGAUUAAUUGGAUUGUUAUUUAAAGUAACUGUACUUUUUUUUGUAAAUUUGUUUGUAUGUAGAAAUGUUUAACGUGUAAGAUCAAAUAAUGUAUUAGACAUUAACUAAUAGGUAUUAAUGAACGUUUGCCAUGUUUUCGUUAGUUGAUAAGGACUAUUUUCUAUUGAUGUAUGUAUAGACUCUACAGCCCUUUUUCUAAAUGACUAUAAGAAUAUAUUGAAGAUUUAAA